CGUAAAUGGGGCGGCCAUGUUUGUUUGACAAGCACACGGCGGUUGCGCAGGUUGCCGGUACGGAAGGAAGUCAGAAUUUUCGCCUCCAGAAAUUCACCGUAAUUACAGUCUUAGAAUUACUGAGAGACAGAUAAAACUAUUCCUUAGGAUACCCUUAACAUUUUAGAAUGUCCAGUCCGACAGAUAAGGGGCACGCGAAGGAGCUGGACCAGUGGAUUGAGCAGCUUAACGAGUGCAAACAGUUGCAGGAAAAUCAAGUGAAGCAACUGUGCGAAAAGGCUAGGGAGAUUUUAUCCAAAGAGUCCAACGUCCAAGAAGUGAAAUGCCCAGUCACGGUGUGCGGCGAUGUCCACGGUCAGUUCCACGACCUGAUGGAGCUGUUCAGAAUUGGGGGCAAGUCUCCCGACACAAACUACCUCUUCAUGGGUGACUACGUGGAUCGUGGGUACUACUCGGUAGAAACAGUGUCGUUAUUAGUGUCAUUAAAGGUGCGAUUUCCGGAACGCAUCACCAUCUUGCGAGGGAACCACGAGAGUCGGCAGAUCACGCAGGUCUACGGCUUCUACGACGAGUGCCUACGCAAGUACGGCAACCCCAACGUCUGGAAGUACUUCACCGAUCUCUUUGACUACCUUCCCCUGACCGCGCUGGUGGACGGACAGAUAUUUUGUCUUCACGGUGGUCUGUCUCCCUCUAUUGACACCCUGGACCACAUUCGUGCAUUGGAUCGCCUUCAAGAAGUCCCUCAUGAGGGUCCCAUGUGUGACCUGCUUUGGUCCGACCCCGAUGACCGCGGUGGCUGGGGUAUCUCCCCCCGUGGUGCGGGCUACACCUUCGGCCAGGAUAUAUCGGAGAACUUCAACCACAUGAACGGACUGACUCUCAUAUCCAGAGCCCAUCAACUCGUCAUGGAGGGUUACAACUGGUGUCACGAUCGUAAUGUAGUCACUAUUUUCAGCGCCCCCAACUACUGCUACCGAUGCGGCAAUCAAGCGGCCAUCAUGGAACUAGACGAUGCACUAAAAUAUUCCUUUUUACAGUUUGACCCCGCCCCCAGAAGGGGAGAACCGCAUGUAACCCGGCGUACCCCCGACUACUUCCUGUAAAAUAGAAGCGUGCGUUGUGAGUGCUCUCUGUGUGUAAGUAUUGCGUCAACAUAAACGCAAAAAAAAAAAUUUAAAAUCCCGCAACUUCAAUUGAUGUGUAAUGUACGUAUGCAGAUAACCACACGUCAAUCCAGUGAGUGUAUACAUGCUGUGUCAGCGACUCGCAAGCUUUGGAUAGCUACGUUUGUCAAAUUAUUGGGUUUUUAAGUUGGCAAGACGAGGUUGUUGACGAAAAGACUAUUUGUUAAAAAAAUGACUGUGCUACGUGACCAAUUAUUCGCGAUGUACGCUAAUUUUUGGAAAACGUUCCCCUCCCAAAAAAACAGCCUAAAAGUAAUUUCGGUAAAAGUAGUCUAGAAAAAAAACAUCCUUACUUGAUUCUUUCUAUUGGAAAUUGUUAGUAAGAACAGUAUAAUACAACUUGACGCAUCUUUUACAUUCGCAACAACUUAAUCUUUAAAACAUUUCACAAAAUUCAGUUAAUAGAAUACGGAAAUAAAUUGUUUUUGUACCAACUUCUUGAUAAAAGCAAGUCGUCGAGCUAAAUGUACUGAAAAUUUAACAUCAAAUGUAUAAAGUAAGACAUUUGCAGGACCUAUGUAGAGUUACGCGCACGUGAGCUUACUCAAACUAUAAACAAAAAUAUAUACCUCUAUCUAUACAAAGUCCUUGUCCCUAAAGUUUUGUAAUACACGUAAAUGAACGUACAUGUAGUUUACUACGUCUUCUCAUUUGUAUGUGUGACGAUGUAGCAUGAAGAAAUUGUUUGUGUACCUAGAGUAACGGGGUUGUGGGGGGGGGAUGUUAGUAUCUUAAAACUGGGCGGAGUUAAUUGGAAAAUACAACAUGUACUUCUAGAAAUCAUCUAUGUUUUUAAUAUCGCAGUAGACAACAUGUUUUACAUCAUUUUGGGGGUUAAGAAUGCGAAUUUCAUUUGAACUCCUUAUAAAAAAAUUAUUUAAAUUCAUUUCAAAAAUCCUUUUCAAUAGUUGUGGCAUUCUUGUAUGUGUGUGUGUUGUUUUGCAAUGGCAAGUUUGUUGAAUUGACCCAUUGAGUGUGAACUUUAUUUUGGGAAAGAUGUACGGUUCGCAGGCCCGUUUAUAUUGUGAAUAAACAAUGGGCUUAUUUUCAUUUAAUUACAUUUCAACAUGUGUCUCAGUUGUUUGGGUGUUGUUGCUUUUUUUAAUUAUAAAAAAAAACGCUUGAGAUUUAUAUUUCAUUGAUUGUUAACUUAAUUCUAGUUCAUACUCGGGCGAAUGCGAACGCAAAUGCGUACCCGACAAGUGUUCGCGCUGCAAAUUUGGCAAAUUUUGCAGCGAAUAUUUCCUUUUGUCACAUUCGUGGGAAGUUUGAACCAGUUUUUCACAUGAGUAAUAAUUUUGCCCUGAAGUGCUAAAACUAGACUUCACGGCGUAAAAAUGUGUAGAAAGUUUGUGUAAAAAAUAGCAAGUAGUUUAACCCAACUCACUGUAACUCUGCCAAAAUGCACAUACCUGAUUUGGUAGGGUUUUGAAGGGUUUUGAAGGGUUCCGCUCUGUAGGCUUACUUGUUUCAACGUUUAGCUGCCUUUUGGGUUAUGGUUCGUAGGAGCGGUUUCACAAAUGCGCAGCAAGCGCAAGUAAAUGUAACAAAAAUGCGACAAAAGUGAAAUCGGUUUAAUAGACUGCUGUAUGCAAAUGGCUAACAUUUUCAUUCGUAAACAGUCCGUUUAGACUUAAUUAAAUGGAAAUAUGAAGGUUCUUAGUUAGUGGUGGUACUUCUUAAUUUAAACAUUCCUGACGCAUAAAGUGUUGGGUUUCACAGAACAUACGUAGAUGUGCACUUGUGAAAAUAAAUUUUAAAAACAAUUUGGCAAAACUGUUAAAAUAUACUAACUACUGUAUUAAAAGUAAUGUUUUAUAGUGCAAGCAGUUUUAGACACUUCCCGUUAUUUUGUUGGGGUUAAGGGAUUCUAAUAAUUCCUUUCUUUGAUAGUUUGUCAUCGUAGCGGUCAGAAAAAAAUAUGACACAUCGGUCCAUUUUUUUUUUACGUAUUGGCUACAUUGUCAUUAAAUACUUUAUCUGUGUCUAAGAGUAAAAUCAGUUUGGUGGCUUGUUUAUUUUGACCCAGAAAUAUUGUAGUCGAGUCCAACAUACAUGUACUUGUACUGAUAAGUCCCAAACGAGGAAAUCGCAAGUCCGUGCACAAGUCCGGUUACAAGUACACAGGGGAUGACCAAUAACAAAGGAAUGCCUUUGUCAAAGCUCAUUUGAAUAGGUUGCGACUUGACUUGGGACUGCAGGACUUGUGAUUGUCUGUGAUGGUCUUGCGAGGCCUUGUGAUGGCUUAUGAUGGAUUCAACUACAACACUUUUAAUCCGUGAUAGUUUAUCUAAGUAAAUGCUUCAGUUUACUUUGUCAUUGUGUAAUUUUUUUGUUCAUCUAGACUAAGUUCCAAUGUUUUAUUAAUGUACUGUAUUUCUCAUUCUCUUACAUAUGGAGAUACACGCACAUCAUGGAGCUAUAUUAAAUUACUAGAGCGCUAACUCCUCAUUCCCCUGUGGAGAUACUUUGAGGCCGAUCUGAGCGCAGGCAUUUUGAAUUCAUGUGCGUGUUUGUAGAACAUAAUCAAAUAAGAUGGAAAGAAUUUCGAAUAGUGUACUCGAAAUGCAACGUGCGAGUUCAACAUACGCGAGUACAACGUAAGUGCGUUUUCUACGAGUAAUGACGGCAACAAUCAUCUGCAGCACAUACGCGCACGUGUUUGCGUUGUUUGUGCUGAGCACAAUGAAAUGCUCAUUUACUGAUCGUGCGUUUAGGCUUUGAGCAUAUCGGCUUCGGUAUAGAAUACAAUCGUAGAUAUGCAAAUAGCCAUACUAAAGCCGCACUAAAUUUGGGGGUUCCCCAUAGGUUAGUGCACAAACAUGGAUGCUUCACUUUGUACAGCGAAUUUGCGUUCUAGUUAUUUAAUAUAGCUCUAUGAUGUUUGUUCAUUAGAAAAACACUUUAUCAAUUGAAAAAGGUUUUGUACUAGUCCUUUUCUCACAAUAAAUAUGUGACAAAAGUUUCAAAAAUAGAAAUACAUGUAGUAGUUUUCUCACAAGUUUUGUUAUUACAUACAUGUACAUGAUAAGCUGUUAUUUUUAAAGUAUACACUUUAUCUCUGACCAAUGUGUUAAAUGUGUUUCCCAUUAAAAACAUAUUUUUUUCAGCACUGGACCAUUGUUUAACCAGUAGAUCCAUCGAAGUAUCUCGCAUUGCAUGAUUGCAUAUUAAGAUAUCCUUUUGUAGCCACAUUUAUACAUGUAUUCUUCUUGUUCAUAUAUCCACCAUCUAUGUUAACGCGUCAAUUGAUCUUUCUUUUCGAGCUGGUCUCACCUAUUGUUUUAAUUUUUAGACAGAUAAUUCACAAAAUGUACCCAUAACAUUAACGUUUUAACUUUAUAGAACCGUAAACAAGAGGUGGAUGCCUCCCCCAAUAAAAAAAAUACCUUACCGUAAUAAUCUUAAAGUGAUAACAAUGUUUGUAAAACGUAUGCUAUAGGAAUUUCAAGUGUAACGUCAGUAACCUUAUGGUUUAAUUUAUCAAUUUCUUUACUCUUUUUUUUUAGUUUAUGUUCGUUUGACAUCAUUUUGCAGCCAAAUAAUGUUAGAUCCCCUAAAAUGUGAUACUAUUGUACAGAGCCAUUCUAUGGAGUAAAUAAUUGUAAUUGUUUAGGGAGUAUUUCUUGAUAGGGCAAAUUUAAAUCGAAGUCAAGUUUGUGUGGAAAAACUGUCUUUUGUAAUUCUGUGAGCGGAGUUCAACGGUUGGCUUGUUAAAUACUUUAAGGUGGAAACAAUGAUUAAGCAUUGUAACUGAUACCAAAAAUAUGUAUUUUACCGCACUCCGGAUGUUUUACCCGAAAAUCGCUCCUCAAAUUUGCAAAUAAAAGUUGUAUUUAUGGGAUGGUAAUUGUUCCUGUAACAGUAGUUUGUAAAACACUAUAAACUGUGAUGAAGUAUGUUUUAAUGGCUGUCAUGAUGAACCACCUACAAUACUUGUGUUUUUUUUUUUAAUUAUUAUUUUGUUUGUUUUAAUCACCUAAUAAAAUGUGUUGAAUUUA